AUGUCGAUACCUCGAAUUAUCCUUCCAUCACUGACAUCAUUACGGUGCCUGGCCUCCUCCGCUACUACCAUAACCUCUGCCGCCGCCUGCAGCACACACAUAUUUCGAGCAUCUUAUUCCUCAACAGGAUCGUCAAAGAGACUACUCCAGACAGCAACCCAUGGUCCUAAUCCCAACAGCCUUGACACCGAACCCCCGCCACCACGAGGCGCCGGCGUAGGCUCCAGUUUAACGAACCCGGGCAACGAGCACUUGCCCUUGUCGCCUCCUUCAGCGCCACAAGUACCGGCAGGGUCGACGCGAUCACUGUUCUCUGAAUUCACAGAUCCCAAGAACACCACUGCAUCUACGUCUACUUCACAACCAACGGGUGCGGCGAAGACUAGUACAGCGACAACAAGGACAAAGUUUCGCCCUCGCAAAGCGGCAAUGACUUUGACAUCGCCGGCGGUGCAACAAUUGAGGAACCUUCUUACAUUACCGGAGCCGAAACUAAUACGGGUUGGGGUGAAGAAUAAGGGUUGUUCGGGAUUGGCCUAUCACCUGGAGUAUGUGGACAAGCCGGGAAAAUUCGAUGAGGAAGUGGUGCAAGAAGAUGUGAGGGUUUUGAUUGAUAGUAAGGCGCUGUUUAGCAUCAUUGGGAGUGAGAUGGAUUGGGUUGAGGAUAAACUGAGCUCAAGAUUUGUGUUCAGAAAUCCUAACAUCAAGGAUCAAUGUGGUUGUGGAGAGAGCUUCUCAGUCGGCUAA